AAGGGGAAGCGGCGAGACGGAGGCAAAACUCGGAGUACCCGGCCCCGGCGCGGGGCUGCCGCUGACGAGUCUGCGAGCCAGCCCGGGCUCGCGGGAGAUCCGAGAGGGAGGCGUGGCGGGGCCGGGGAUGGGAUGACAGGCCUCCAGAUGACAGCCUCUCCCGCCAGCCCGCGCCGCCGCCGCCGCCGAGCCAAGAGCCGGGCUCCCGGGCUCCCCGGCGACCGGGCGGAGACGGAGCCUCCCCCCGCCGGGUGACAGCUCGCGCAGAGCCGGCGGAAGCUCGCGGGGGCUCGCGGGGGCGCAGGCGGCCCGGGCUUCCCCUCUGGGGAGCCCCGCUCGGGCCGGUCCCGGGCCAUCCCCGCCAUUCUCUCUCUCACACUCCCGCGUCUCCACGACCGCUGCCCCGCAAACUCCCCUUCUCUCGGUGGAACAACCGUCCCACCCCCUUUUGAAUGUUUCUCACCCGAUUCCUUUGAGUAGUACUAAAUGAAAUCUGCAGGAAGUCUUUUCUGAAUGGAAGUGAAUUUGUUUGAAGCAUAACAUGAAUUGGUUCCUGAUAACACAGGAGUUGAGCUUCCAAAAAUUCAUGAAGCAGUCAGCAUAUAUGGAAGAACUUAAAUAUGACUUCAAUGAAAAGGCUGAAUUAAGACACACAGAAACACAUGAGCCCUUUGUCUUUAAUUAUUACAAAAAUACUCUUGAGAGAAAUAGCAAGCGCUACCAGGCCCUUGGCCAUUUGCUUGAAUGUUACAUUUAUGAGCUCUUGGAGAAAGUAUGCAAACUACACAAAGUAUAUAUCCCAAUCCAGGCUGUCAUGGAACCAAGGAGCUUCUUUUUCAUGAGUGAGAAUGCCUUAACUAAUCCUUCCCUUCUUCUUGUUCUCCUUCAAGACCAUGGAGUUUUUCGGGCUGGGCAGUGGAGUCAACAGACCAUAGUUCGUCAUGGCCUGCAACAUGGAAGUCAAAUACCUUGUAUUCAACUAGCAUUGCAAUCAGAUUAUGGUAUCAUUGUUUUAAAUCCCAAUGAUAAUUUCAUGGAUUUAAAGCUAGAAAAAGAGUGUCAGAGUCCUCUAGGAUACACUGUUGAGUCAUCUUCCACAGAAAUGUUUCAGCCUGGGAACCCAUUUUCUUUGUCUAAGGUUGCCCAAUGCAUUCCUAAAAAAUACAGUAGUACACCUGAGGAACAUACUGCCUACAUCUGGAAUCAUUUCAUUUUGAAAAGUGCAGCCAAGAACGUAGCUUUCAUUGUCCAUGGUUAUGGAGGUUUGGUUUUCAUGGACCUACUUGUUCAGAAAAAGUGGGAAGUAAUGAACAAAGUAUAUGCUGUAGCCCUUAUUGAUUCUGCACACCAUGUAGAGCACCAGCUGGGAAAUGACACACAGCUAUUAGCAUGGAUAAAGCACCACUGUCGAGAAUGGAUAACAAGCCACAAGCCAUUGGAUAAACCUGUAGCCACUGUUUUAAAAAUGGAUUGUCCAAAGGUUUCUGCUGGUACAGAAAAUCAUAGCUUAGCACCUUCUACAAGCCUACAAUCAAUUUUCAAAUACCUCAAAAAUGCUUUAAAAGCCAAAACAACUGUUCAUUUUUCUCGAAUGCCAAUUGUAACUAGAAGCUGCACAAAAAGAAAGCAAAGCACUUAGGAAAAAAGGGAGAUGCUGUGUCUGCUCCUUAGAAAGCUGCGGUAAGAAUGUUAGAAUCAAAGAGCAGCUUCUACCUCUUCCCAACUUUUGUAUGCUGAAUCAGAAUGCUUCUGAUAACUGUCUGAUUUUGCUUUUUGUUUUUUCUUAAGGAAAUGUGAAUUUUUUUCAUUUUUCAGACUUUUGUGGGAUAAAGAAAGUAAACUUCCAGUCUGCCAUUUUUUGUACUUUACAAUCUUACUUUAGAACCUAUUGUUAGAAUUGUUUUAUUUUUUAAAAGCCACUUCCUUGAGAGUUUAAAGGUAGUCAUUACAAAUACUGCCACUUAAUUCAAAUUUAGAGCAAGUUAUAUUCUUUGAUUUAUAAAUGGUUUUGGUGACUCUGUAAAACUGAUUAAAAUUAAACAUAAAGCAGCA